AUGCUCUUUAUUGUGAUUAUUAGAAUAUUGGGAUGUGCGCGGACGCGGAGUCCUUGUGGCACUAUUGGCGCUGAGCCUUUUAGUAAAUAUGUUUCUUUGUUGUCCCGUGGUUUCUCCCAUCUUUGUUUGGGUGCGUGCUACUUAUAUAGUCCAAAGUUGAUCGGUGAUUCUUAG